GGCUUCGCCCCGAGACGAGAGGUGGUGGUAGCAAGGGGGAGGAGGAAGCGGUGGGCGCCGCCGCCGCCGUUGUCCCUGUGACUCCCGCCCCCCGCGCCCCCGCUGCCGCCGCGCGGAUGGUUCCGGCCCGCGCCCGGUCCGCUCGUCUCCGCCAUGCCGCGGUACUGCGCCGCGUCCUGCUGCAAGAACCGAGGGGGGCAGAGCGCCAGGGACCGGCGCAAGCUGAGCUUCUACCCCGUGGCUGCCUUUGUGGAAGGGGUGUUGCAGCAAGGCAAGCAGUAUUGGAGGCAUUGGUUUAAUGAUUUCCACUUCAUGAUAAAGAGAGACUUGAGAAAUGGCUGCGGAAUAUGAAACGAGAUGCAUGGACUCCAAGUAAGCACCAGCUUCUAUGCAGUGAUCAUUUUACCCCUGAUUCCCUUGAUGUGCGAUGGGGUAUACGAUACUUGAAGCAUACUGCUGUACCAACAAUUUUCUCUUCUCCAGGUGAUGAGGAAAAAGAUUCUUCUCAGAACAGCCCACGAGAGUUAAAGAGAGAAGACGCAGAAGAAACAAAUACAGAUGUAGCGUCAGAGAAAGCAUCUGUAUCACUUGAACCUUGUACGCCAAAGAAAAAUCCUGUAAUUGCAGAAAACAUAGAUGAAAAAGUAGAAGUAGUUUGCUCAACUGCAUUGAGUCAAUCUUUACAAAUUCAAAAACUGCAACUUCAAAAUGGAGAAGACUUUCAGGCAGACAGUGUUGUUCUUGAUAAUUCCUCUAAGCAGCACAUACAUCAACCUAAUCCUGUUUUAAUGGCAUCAGCAGUCCAGAGCAUGGAAGCUACCAGCGUUCAUACUUCCGAAGAGGAUCCAGUAGCUUGUACAGCUACAGUCUUGCAAUUUACAGACCCUGACUACUUGAAUUCCCCUCUGAAACUGAAAAAUGCUUUAUGUUCAAUUACUGAUUAUGCAAUUGAAAGUCCUAACUCUGAUGUUGUAGGCUGCUCUGUUGAAGUGCAGCCAACAAGUGAAAAUGCAAUUUUCCUGAGUACAGUCACACAAACCAUUGAACAGUUAAGUGGAAGUGAAGAAUCUGUCAUUGCUAUUAUUGUGCCAGCCGAGAGUCCAGAAAAGCCUGAAAUAGUAAAUAGUUCUUUCCUGCCUAUUAAGCAAGAGUUUCUUGACACAGGGGAGACAGAAACAGUUAAAUCUGUGUAUAUGAAUGCAUAUGGUGGAAGUGAAGUAUUACAAACUGAGCAUUCAUACUGCAAACAAGACAUAGACAGAGAUCACCUUUGGCAAAAAAUUUCCAAGCUCAACUCUAAGAUAACUCUACUUGAAAUGCAGGAGAUAAAAACUUUGAAGAGACUCAGGUCCUUGGAAGCUCUUAUAGGACAAUUGAAGCAAGAAAACCUGCUUUCUGAAGAGAAGUUGAAGAUUGUAGAAAACUGCUUUACAACACUUGAAGUGACUAUGAUACAGUAAAGGCUUUCCAUGAUUGUUCUAAAAUGUCUUUUUAGCCUCUUUGACUGUCCUUUUGGACAAAUAAAUUUUUGUUUCCAUCAUGGUAUUUUAAACACUUAAUACAAAUUGUAUGAAUAGCAAAUAUUCUUUAAAAUGUUACAUCGACCACUACCAAAGCUAGGUGGUAAAAAAUUGCCUAUAAAACAUGACUUGCAAGUAAGCUUUAAAAAAAAAAAAAACCUGUUAAAGUUUUGCUAAGA